ACAGCAUCCCUCUCAUUACAAUAAUUGGACCACGAGAAAGAGGAAGGAUCAAGAGCUGAGAAAAUAACCUACAGAAACCCGACGAUGGAUUACAGACAAAAAAGGAAACUGUCUUUUAUCACGAUUGGAUUAACAUUUCUGUUGAGCGGCAUAGAAUAUGCUGUCAUUCUGCCAACUAUAUGGAGAUAUCUGCAGUUGUUAGAAGCGCCACCUUAUUUUCUUGGCUUGGGUCUGUCUGCUUUCAGCUUUAGUGGGUUGGUGUCAGGUCCAGUGUUUGGUCACUGGUCAGACAAGACCAGAACUACAAAGACCAUCAUCCUCUUUUCAAAUGUUUUCGAAAUUGUGGGAAACUUCAUGUACUUCAUGGGGUAUUCAAAAUGGCUUCUGUUGUCCAGUCGUCUUGUUGCAGGCAUUGGAGCUGGAGCUGGAUCCUCCAUUUUUGGGUUCCUCACACGCACUACUCUCCCUGACGAGCGAGCCAGAGUCUUUGCUGCUGUCAUGGCAUGUCGUCAGGCUGGACUUCUGAUCGGUCCUGCUUUCAAUAUCUUUCUAAGGUUGUGUGAUUUCAAACUGGGUCCAUUCAUAGUUAAUAAAUACACCUCACCUGGGCUCUUCAUGUGUGGGAUGUGGCUGCUCAUGCAGUUUGCCGUCAUGGGUCUGUACUGGGACAUCCCGCCACUGGAUUCCUUCGCUGAGCAGCAGAUGCCCCUCAGAGAGGUCAGAGGUGAAGAAGACGAGCCCCUCAUGAGCCUGGAGGACGAUGACAGGACUGCGGUAGCGGACUCGUAUGGCUCGCUCAACCCAGAACAGACCGAGACCACGCUGUCAUCCCAAAUUCCACCAUCUCCUCCAGAUUCCCCUCCUCCAGACACAUCCGACCCCUUUGAAAACUUCAGUGCCAGUCGAGAGUUUCUGAGGGAGGAGGUGGUGGUUCUUCUCACCGCUCAGUUCAUCACUCUCUUCAAUCAGACAGCACUCGAGACCAUGGUGACCCCGCUGACGCAGAAGUACUUUGGCUUUGGCGAGCUGGGCAACAGUGUGAUGUACAGCCUGUGUGGGGUGGAGGUAAUUGCAGGUUUCUUCCUGGUGCGCUGGCUGAGCCGUGUGCUGGAGGACCGGGUGGUGCUGGCAGUGGGGCUGCUCAUCUGCAGCGGGGCCUGUGUCUGGUGCCUCAUCUUCCUGGCCAAUCCACAGGGUGGUUUGGGGUUUGAGUUGUUCGAGUUUAUCAUCGGAGUCUUCCUGCAGUUACUGGGGCUUCCUUUCGUUGCUGUGUCUCAGGUGUCCCUCUUUUCUAAGGUUACGGCUGAGAAAACACAAGGCUUUAGUCAGGGCGUACGACGGUCAGUUGGGGGUCUCGCCACCAUUCUUGGUCCCCUGUGGGCAGGGGGUCUAAUAGGAAAUUUAUAUGUGAUGUUGGGUAUGAUGAUGCUUCUGCUGACCCUCAUCAUGAUCAUGAUGGUGUUGUCCUAUGAGAAGCUGGUGGAGCCGCCCAGGGUGGAGCACGCGCAGGAUUCAGAGAAUGGAGGAUAAACAACACCCCUCAUUCAACAGGAUACCAGCACAGAGCAGGAGCCCCUCUUCUCUGCGGUGUGUCUGCCAAAGUUUAGCGCUCGUGUGGGGCUGUGCAGAGCAGAUGCUGGAGCAGUGGGAGAGCAGAGACCUUGCCAGAGCUAGCAGACCGCGAACAGCGAGAUAACACACACACACAUGAACACACACACACAUACCACUUGGAAUAAAUAGCCUUCAUUCUCAAAUAUUUAGAUUUUUUGUUGCACAUUUAUAUUUUUAACAUUUUAUAAUUUAUGCCUCAUCAUUUGUGAAUUAAUUGUUAAUUAUUGUGUAUUUACUGAGUGACACUUUUAAUGUAAAUGUCAUAUGAUUGGGUCCCCUG